CCUAUGAACUAGAGAGGCUACCCUUGUCGGAAUGACUGUGCUGAAAGAUCAGUCUCGAUAAGUGACUUUGUUCUGAUCGUUUCCUCUACUAAUUGAGCAACUAUAUAGCCUACUAAGAGUCGAUUCUCUCUUAUCUCGCUCCAAGGAUAUAGUUGCGUUGUGGAACACAACACAACAACUCUCGAGUCUCGAGAGGGUUUAGUCAUCUCGUCGCCGAAUAGGAUGAGUUGCCGGCUCCAUUUCCCUUGCCCAAAAUGCCUUUGACGUGAGCUGAUUUGGCGACCCGGCCGGAGUCAUGUCUUUUCCGGCUUUUUGUUUUUGUUUUUUUUUUCCAUCCCGGCUUUCGUUCGCUUUGACCUUGCAUAUAUUGUAUCCCACGUUUAGUUUCACAGCUUUCUCCGUCCAAAGCUGAGUGUGAAACUAACUUUAGUUUCUCAGCAGUAGUACCUUACUUCUAUUCCUCCCAACUAUUCGUCGAACGUUAUCAGUGCCGUAGGGUUUUCAGUGCUGUUGAAGCCUUGAAAAUUGCUGAUCAAGUCCCAUGGAGGAAAGCUCCGGAGAGAGAGCUCCUUCCACUCCGCAGCUGCUGAACCUCAUCCGAGACGAGAGAGAAUGGAAGGUGAUCAGAGAGGCGGAAGAUGGAGGGGGCUCAUCAACCACCAGAAGCCCUGAUGUCGAGGACGAUUCCAAGCUUGAGCUGAAGCUCGGCCUCCCUGGCGCCCAAGAUGAUGAGAGAAUGGCGCGGCAAGGAGAGAAGAUGGAGCAACAGCAGGAGAGCUGCACGGUACUCUCCCUUGGUUCUGGUUGCUUCCCAUCGCAUUCCAAGCUCGCCACCAGCACUGGUGCUACUACCACCGGGGCAAAGAGAGGGUUCUUGGCAACCGUUGGUGCCAAAGCAGAAGGUUGUAAGCAGAGGCAGGAGGACAGGGAAGGGUGUGGGAAUGAGUUAUUAACAUUGGGAGGUGAAAACAUGGCAGGUGAGAGGAAGAAAGGGUGCUGUCCCCCGUCGUCGUCGCAUGACUCGGCUGCUGGGCCUGCUGUGCACAGCAGCAACCCCCACCUGACGAGAGGCUCUGUUCUUCCAGUGGUUGGUUGGCCUCCAGUACGGUCCUUCAGGAGAAACCUCACAAAUGUCAGCUCAUCUAAGCAAUCCCCUGACCAACAAAACGAUGAAGCUUGUGACAAGGCGAAACAAACUUGCAAGAGAAGCCCACUUAUCAAAAUAAACAUGGACGGCAUCCCCAUUGGAAGGAAAAUAAACCUCUCAGCAUACAACAACUAUCAGAAGCUGUCAUCUGCCGUCGAAGAUUUGUUUUGUGGCUUUCUUGAAGCUGCCCAAAAGGAUUUAGCCUGUUCUGAAAUUGGAGAGCAAGGAGCAGAAGAGAAAAUAUUUUCAGGGUUGUUGGAUGGAACUGGUGAAUACACUUUAAUUUUUGAAGACAGUGAAGGAGGCAGGACACUAGUUGGGGACCUACCAUGGAAUGUAUUUGUUUCUACUGCUAAGAGGCUGAGGGUUAUGAAAAGCUCUGAACUUCCUCAUGUCCUGAUUAAAACUGCCUCUGAGAGGGCUGAUAACUGAUACGGGGGCCAGUCGCCCAGCCUUUGAAUCAUGCAAGCUGUGUCAAUCAUUGGCUUCUUCGGAUGACCCCUUUUUGGCUUGUAGAGAUAAAUCUAAUAAGAUAAUGUUAGCAUAUUGCAGAUGCCCUGAAUGCACUGCAUGUUUUGUAAUUUUCCUUGCUCUAUUUCAGAUAUAGCGCUGGUCAGUUCUUUUCGACAUGGUCUAGGUCUAGUAGGUUUACUAAAGUUAAAGAAUGUGCUUUUAGUGUGAUGUGGUAAUUUUCAGCUAACUACACUGAGACGCAAAAGGCAUACGUAAAUACAUAAUGUUUAGAUUACC